AUGGAGCACUUAACAGUUGCAGUGAGCUUAGCAAUGUCCAAGCCGUAUAUAUUUGACCGUGUAUUCCAGUCAAACACAUCCCAGGAACAAGUAUACAAUGAUUGUGCUAAAAAGAUUGUCAAAGGUAAGGUGGACCAAUACAAUGGUACAAUAUUUGCUUAUGGGCAAACAUCGUCUGGAAAGACACACACUAUGGAAGGGAAGCUUCACGACCCGGAUGGAAUGGGUAUUAUUCCAAGGAUAGUACAAGAUAUUUUUAAUUAUAUUUACUCUAUGGAUGAGAAUCUUGAGUUUCAUAUUAAGGUGUCAUAUUUUGAAAUAUACUUGGAUAAAAUAAGGGACCUUUUGGAUGUUUCAAAGACCAAUCUUUCUGUUCACGAGGACAAAAAUAGAGUUCCCUAUGUAAAGGGUUGCACAGAGCGUUUUGUAUGUAGUCCAGAAGAAGUUAUGGAUACUAUAGAUGAAGGAAAAUCAAACCGUCAUGUAGCAGUUACAAAUAUGAAUGAACACAGCUCCCGAAGUCAUAGUAUUUUUCUUAUUAAUGUAAAACAAGAGAAUACUCAAACAGAACAGAAACUAAGUGGAAAACUUUACCUUGUGGACUUGGCAGGUAGUGAAAAGGUUAGUAAAACUGGAGCAGAAGGUGCUGUGUUGGAUGAGGCCAAGAACAUCAACAAGUCUUUGUCUGCUCUUGGAAACGUCAUUUCGGCUUUGGCUGAAAGCAGUACUUACGUUCCCUAUCGUGAUAGCAAAAUGACCAGAAUCCUUCAAGAUUCACUAGGGGGUAAUUGCAGAACCACUAUUGUUAUUUGCUGUUCUCCAUCUUCAUACAAUGAAUCUGAAACUAAAUCUACUCUUCUGUUUGGCCAGAGAGCAAAGACUAUUAAGAACACAGUCUGUGUCAAUGUGGAGCUCACUGCAGAACAGUGGAAGAAAAAAUAUGAGAAGGAAAAAGAGAAGAACAAGACUCUGCGUAAUACCAUACAGUGGCUGGAAAAUGAACUCAACAGAUGGCGAAAUGGGGAGACUGUACCAGUUGAUGAACAGUUUGAUAAGGAGAAGGCCAACUUAGAAGCUUUUGCAGUGGACAAGGAUAUUGCCGUUAUUAAUGACAAACCAGCUACCACAAUUGGAGUGACUGGCAAUUUCACUGAUGCUGAGAGAAGAAAAUGUGAGGAAGAAAUUGCCAAACUGUACAAACAACUGGAUGACAAGGAUGAAGAGAUUAAUCAGCAGAGCCAACUUGUAGAAAAACUGAAAACACAAAUGUUGGAUCAGGAAGAGCUUCUGGCGUCGACCAGGCGGGAUCAAGACAACCUGCAAGCAGAGCUGAAUCGCCUCCAGGCUGAAAAUGAUGCCUCUAAAGAGGAAGUGAAAGAGGUGCUACAAGCCCUUGAAGAAUUAGCUGUCAAUUAUGAUCAGAAGUCUCAAGAAGUGGAAGAUAAGGCAAAGGAAUACGAACUGCUUAGUGAUGAACUUAAUCAAAAAUCGGUCACUCUAGCCAGUAUAGAUGCAGAACUUCAGAAACUUAAAGAAAUGACCAACCAUCAGAAGAAACGAGCAACAGAAAUGAUGGCCUCCUUACUAAAAGAUCUUGCGGAGAUAGGAAUUGCAGUAGGAAACAAUGAUGUCAAGCAGCCUGAGGGAAGUGGCAUGAUAGAUGAAGAAUUCACAGUUGCGAGACUGUACAUUAGUAAAAUGAAAUCGGAAGUCAAAACAAUGGUAAAACGUUGCAAACAGUUAGAAGGCACACAAGCUGAGAGCAAUAAGAAGAUGGAAGAAAACGAAAAGGAGUUGGCUGCCUGCCAGCUCCGUAUCUCACAGCAUGAAGCCAAGAUCAAGUCAUUGACUGAAUAUCUUCAGAAUGUGGAACAGAAGAAGAGGCAAUUGGAAGAAUCUGUGGAUUCCCUUAAUGAAGAACUAGUUCAACUCCGAGCACAGGAAAAAGUCCAUGAGAUGGAGAAAGAGCACUUAAAUAAGGUUCAAACAGCAAAUGAAGUCAAGCAAGCUGUGGAACAGCAGAUUCAGAGCCACCGUGAGACGCAUCAGAAACAAAUCAGUAGCCUAAGAGAUGAAGUUGAUGCAAAAGAGAAACUUAUCACUGAACUUCAAGACCAAAACCAGAAGAUGAUGCUUGAACAGGAGCGUCUUAGAGUUGAGCAUGAGAAGUUGAAAGCCACUGAUCAGGAAAAAAGUAGAAAGCUGCAUGAACUUACGGUUAUGCAGGACAGACGGGAACAAGCGAGACAGGAUUUAAAGGGUUUGGAAGAGACUGUGGCAAAAGAACUUCAGACUCUUCACAACCUUCGUAAGCUGUUUGUUCAAGAUCUGGCUACUAGAGUGAAAAAGAGUGCAGAGAUUGACUCAGAUGACACAGGAGGCAGUGCUGCACAAAAACAGAAGAUAUCCUUCCUUGAGAAUAAUCUUGAGCAGCUCACAAAGGUUCACAAACAGCUGGUACGUGAUAAUGCAGAUCUUCGCUGUGAACUUCCUAAACUGGAGAAGCGACUUAGAGCUACAGCUGAAAGGGUUAAAGCUUUGGAGUCUGCACUGAAGGAAGCCAAAGAGAAUGCUUCUCGUGAUCGCAAACGUUAUCAGCAAGAAGUAGAUCGUAUAAAGGAAGCUGUAAGAUCCAAGAAUAUGGCCAGAAGAGGACACUCAGCGCAAAUUGCUAAGCCUAUCCGUCCUGGUCAGCAUCCAGCAGCUUCUCCAACUCAUCCAAGUGCAAUUCGUGGUGGAGGUGCGUUCACUCAGAACAGCCAGCCGGUUGCACUGCGGGGAGGUGGAGGACGGCAAGACAAAGUUUGCUGAAAAGUAAAUGCAGCAUGAGGAGGAUUGGAUAUCAUGUAGAGGGAGUCAUUCCAUGACAAUAAUUUCUCCCUUUGGGGACUGUAGGAUUAUUUUUUGAAAAUGUAUAAAUUAUACCUGGCCUGUACAGCUCUUCACCCUUCAACAAAUUCUGCUAACUGAUUCCCAAAAAAAAAAAACCAAACUAGAGUGCAAUUUUGGCGUCUUGAAAAAUGACAUGUUAAUUAAAGUGUAGCUCUGCUCAUGACACAGUUUGUCUUUCAUGUCUUAAAUUUAGUCUGCACUGUGCCAAGCUGAAUGUACGUUGAGAAAAAUCUUAGUUCAGAUUUUUAGCCUAAUUUGUGUACAUCUUACCGUC